AUGAGUUGUGACACCAAAAACGAGAUGGAAUCUCAAAAUGAUCCCGACAUUACUGUGGAUUCAAAAGACGAAUUUCUGACAGAUAAACAAAAACCACAGGACAAGUACAAUCUCGUAUUUUGGAUCAUUCUUCUCAACGGAAUCGGAGUUCUUCUUCCAUGGAAUAUGUUCAUUACUAUUGCGCCAACGUAUUAUGUCGAUUAUUGGUUUACUGUCAAUGGUACAAAGACGAGUUACGCUGAUAGUUUCAUGAGUGCCACUGGAAUCGUUGCUCAAAUUCCAAAUCUACUCAUCGCAAUUAUCAACGUGCUUAAUCUCAUCUGUGGUCCCUUGCUUUACCGAAUUAUCGGUCCACUCACCUUUAACAGCCUAUUAAUUAUACUUACUCUUGGAUUCGUCAUUUUCCAAGAACCUUCCGAUGAAGCACGAAACUGGUUUUACAUCGUAUCAUUAAUCAUUAUUUUGGCGAUGAACGGAUCUAACGGCCUUUACCAAAAUUCGUUUUUCGGGCUCGCAGCCGAUUUCCCUUCGAAAUACUCAAACGCUGUAGUUGUCGGUACUAACAUUUGCGGAACAUUCACCAGCAUUCUCCAAAUUCUUGCUAUUAUUGCUUUUCCUAAUGCACCAAGAAUGGCCGCAAUUCUCUAUUUUGCGAUUUCGUUUGCUGUUCUUUUGAUUUGUCUUCUUUCUUGGUGGUUUUGCAGAAAAUUGGAGUUCUUUAACUAUCAUGUUGAAAAAGGAAAUCGCGCUCGUAUGGCUCAAGAAUCUGUCACUUUCGACAUUAUGCUAUACAUUAGAACGUUCAAAUACUGCUGGCUACAAUGUCUUUCCGUGUUUCUUGUAUAUUUUGUAACCCUUUCUGUGUUCCCAACUGUAUUGGCUGGAGUCUCUCCAACCAACAGUAAUGGUGAUUGGAAAUCGGUGUUCUCAAAGAACAUUUAUGCUGCAAUUACUACUUUCUUGAAUUUUAACCUCUUUGCUGCUGUCGGUUCAAUGAUGGCAAACUUUGUACAAUUUCCCAAUGAGAAAUUCCUCAUUGUCCCGGUGGUUUUGCGCAUCGCCUUUAUUCCAUUCUUUAUGUUCUGCAACUACAUUCCCGAUUCUCGUCACAUGACUGUGCUUUUCUGGAACGAAUGGAUCUUCUUCUUCGGAAACACAUUUAUGGCGUUGACAAGCGGCUACUUCUCAUCGCUCGGAAUGAUGUACGCUCCUCGCGUUUGUCCUCCCGAAAACAGCAAACUCGCUGGUCAAAUUUCGGCGUUGUGCCUCGUUGCUGGAAUUACGGCUGGUGUUAGUUUCACCCCUGUCAUCACUCUCAUGGUGCAGAACAUUGGUUCGUAA